AUGCCUCUUAUUGAAGCAAGUUGUGGAUGGCCAGGUAAAGCUUCUGUGACAAGUCCAGUUAGAACAUGUACACAAGAUGGUAUUACAUCUGUUGAUCUUAAUACUCAAUCAGGUUGUACUCGUGGUACUGCUUAUAUGUGUAAUGAUCAACAACCAUGGAAUGUUAGUUCAACUCUUGCAUAUGGUUUUGCUGCUGCUCAUAUUGCUAAUCAAGGUGAAGCAGAUUGGUGUUGUGCUUGUUAUUCAUUAAUAUUUACAUCAGGACCUGUUGUUAGUAAAGAAUUAAUAGUUCAAGUAAUAAAUACAGGUGAUGAUCUUGAUGAUAAUCAUUUUGAUCUUGAAAUACCUGGUAGUGGUGUCGGUAUAUUCGAUGGAUGUUCAAAGCAAUUUCCUGGUUCAUAUACAUGGGGUCAAACAUAUGGUGGUGUUAGUCAAAGAUCAGAUUGCGCUGGUUUACCAUCUGUUCUUCAACCAGGCUGUUAUUGGCGAUUUGAUUGGUUUAUGGGUGCUGAUAAUCCAAUGAUAAGUUUCAAACAAGUAUCUUGUCCAUUUGUUCUUACUUCAAUUACUCAAUGCGUCAGAGUAUAA